AUGAACUCGUUUCUUAUCGCUCUUCUCCUCGGUAACCUUUCCCCUUUCCGUUCCAUUCAACAGUCGUCUAUUUCCAGCUUCCCUUCUCUUUUCGGUCUUCUCGCUCCCGCUCAUCGGCAUCCGCGACGACGUCUCUUCUGAAUUCGUCGGCGUCGGACUCCGCGACGACGUCCCCCUUCCGAUCCACAAACGAAGGGUCGAGAAGCCUUCCGCGACGUCGUUCUGCUCGGAAAACCGGAAAACGUACGAGGAUUACUGCGCCAAUAUGUGGACGGAUCGGACCACCCGUCUCCAGAAUCUUCUCUUCUCUUUCUGUCCCGGAUACGAGAACCGAUGCCUCCAUUAG